UUCGUGAGUAAACGGUCGCGCAACUCGCCCGCAAGAAACACAACAAACACGUCUAACCAAUUAAUCUUGAAUGAAGUUCAAUUAAAAUUAACACGAAUUACCAGGAACAUUUCAAAUUUUUUUUCGGUGGCCUUUCACAACCACCUGUUUAGCUACUUGUUGCCCUGCCACUUACCGCAUAAUUUACACUUCCUGUGCAAGAAGAUUGCUGCAACAUGUGAAUUAAUUGAAUAACAGUGGAGAGUACAAUGUACAAACCGCCGACGAACACGAAUAGGGUCAAAACUAUUAAAAACAAGUUCGAACAGUACGAAGCCGAGGCAAAAAAUGAAAAGUCCCCCGUGGAGAAGCUCUCGAUCGCCCCAAAAUACACAGCCAGGAGUCACUUGAGCCCAGUCAAAUUGGAUCCUGUCAAAUCCAAUUUGUCCAGACAACACAGUGAUCCACUUAAAAGGAACAUCAAAAGGACUCCGGCCUUCCGUUUGGACAAAUCCGUGGAAAAUGCCACACCAUUCCAAAGAAACACAUACGCAAAUAGAAGUACAACCUUUGAAAACAAAGUGAAACAAUUUAACAGUGCCUUAAAAAAUAACUGUGAUAGUAACAGCAAUGUUAUUACUAGUGAUAAGUGUGCAAAUGUUGAUAAAGAGUGCAAGAAAACUAAAUUAGUGGUGAGUGACCAACGAAUGAAACCAGGGACAACAGUGAACAGCAACAUGACAAACAAGCCAAUGUUAUUCAAGAGUAAGAGCUCUGCUGAUUUUAAAUACAUAAGAAGUAAAUUCUGCAAUAAUAAUGAAAAUGACGAGACUGCAUUUGUUAAUGACACAGUUAUAUAUCAGAAUCAUCAAAGCAAUUUAAUGGAAGCAAAGUCAGUAGAAAAAUUAGACAAACUAAUACAGAACAAAGUAGAUUUAUCUCUUUUAUACACGGAGCCAAUUCCUAAAGCUCUACGUAAAAAGAAUUGUGAUAUUGAAACAGUUAUGCAAAAACAUGAUAUUUACAGCAUUAGUACCUUGAAGUUAAGUGAUAAGAAUGAUUCAGAUGUGACAAAUAUAAACCACAUUGGUUUGACUGACACUCUGAAGUCAGCCUUGAAGAGGCCCUUACCAGUUGGACCAGCACCUAAAAAGCCACCAAGAACAUUCCAACAUGCUGCAAAUCAAAACAAUUUCGAGAGUAACAAUUCAUUCUUGCACAGUCCCAAACCCAAGAGUGAUAUAAAACUAAACAUUAAACCAAAAUCCCCAACUAAAAAAGCUGAUCCCAAAUACAUGUUAACAAAACUGGAAAAUGCGUUGAAAAACAAUAAACUGAGAGCACGAAAAAAUGCCAAAAUGGAAUUGUCUACGACAUCAGGGGAAGACAGUGACGACAGUUUAUUGUUCAAGAGCAAAUCUCAGAGGUCCCUUCCUAAAUUGCCUGUGGUAGAUCAGCCCGGAACGACGGGCAAAAAUUCUGUUUUUGACUUCAACUGCUUCACAAAUACUACCUAUGAAAAGCCAAAAGAACCCAUGUCGUCAUUUUUUGUUGACAGGGCGCAGGAAGAGCCUGUUUAUGCGGAACCGUUCCAUCACAGGAAUGGUGAUGAUGAAAAGGAAAAUAAUCAAGUGAAACGGAACAGCCUUUAUUAUAUGAGUUCCCCUGUAUGCGUUGCUCAUGAAGAACAGGAGUUUCCAAUAGAAGGAUCGUCUUCCUAUAAGGAUUCCGGACACCUUCCCAACUCUCCAAUGAAAAUUCAGCUGGACCUUUCAUCCAUGUCAUCCUUUACGUCAGACACCGAUUCGAUCUGCUCCACGUCGAACGAAGACUCAUCCCCAUCCCGGGUAAGAGAAAUCGUCACCAUCUUCCAACAGCAGGAGAAUGUCGAUCGAGUAGAAACCCUCCGCAACACCUUAAAUCGCACGUUGGAGCGAAGAUUCUCCAACUCCAACACCAACGUAAAGGAUCUGGUGCAAAAAUUCCAACACUACAACCGACAAGUACCCAAAUAUUGCGAACCGAAAUUCAAUAAGACGGAUCCCCUGUUCCUUUGUUGUCUGAUCGUGGAGCGCUCUCAGGAUGUAGUCAAAGUCAAAUACAAAUUCCCGGCAGAGGUGGACGUACCUACGGAUAUUGAGAAGCUCAUCUUCCCGGAGACUCACAUGCCCACAGUAGACAGUUCUUGCAGUGCUCAGUGUUACUCCAUGGUGUUGACUGAUGAGAAAGCCGAAAGAACGUACGGGUAUUGUCGGCGGGUAAUCCCAGAGGGAACCACCACAUGUUUACCACUAGCCUAUUGCAUCCUCAGCAAACAUCGUUCACCUAGGUUCUAUAAAAAAGUCCUGGAAGAGUUAGAGUCCCGCCACGGUUAUCCAGACAAGAUCCGCGAUGAAUUAAUUGGGCAAUUCUACAUGCAGACGUAUCCAUUGCCAGGUCAAUCAAUUGCAGUGGAUUUGACUUACAUCCUUAAUCCUUCACAGGGUAAUAAAGAAAACAAUAACUCGGUCAAUAUGAACGGACUCGAGGAAUCGGUUGAUUUAAGUGCUUAUGUUAAUAUUGGCAAAACCGGAGAAUAUGGCAGCAUUACAAGGAAGGGUGAUAGAGUAUUUGUUAAUGAAGAUGAUUUCAACCGCAACGUAAUGAACCCCCGUCUUAUUUGUGAGAACAGCGACUGUACAUUAUUAGAAUUAACACUCCACCCAGAUAUUCGCUAUGAGGUUACAGACCUAAGUAGUUUACACAAACUUCCGUCUAGUAUUAUCCUCAGUAUUUUUUCUUCUUUACUAUUGGAGAGGAAAGUCGUUUUAAUUAGUUCAGUUUUGAGUGAUUUGUCUCUGACUGUGGAAGCACUUCAAAGUGUUCUCUAUCCAUUUGUCUGGCCCCACACAGUAAUUCCGGUGGUUCCAGAAUGCGUCUGGACUAUUGUAGAGAGUCCCACACCUGUAAUUUGUGGAUGUCUCUCCAAAGAUGUGCUCAGUGAACACAGAAUUGAAAACGGCAUAGUCGUAGAUCUGGACAAAAACAACGUGUUACGUUCGGAGGGGGAUGAAGACAAAAUCCUCAGUAACAGUAUGAAGAAAAUUUGGCGUAAAAACUUAAACUUGGCCAACUCAAAGAAAGUCAACAGUGAACGAUUAGGAGAGAGUGCCGAAUACAAUCGAUCCAAAUAUUUAAGGGAUGCUUACCUCAACGUUUUCCUUUUGUGCAUGUCCCAUUACAAGAACCACCUCAAAGGAGACACAUUUGAUAGAGACAAAUUCGUCAAGAACGGCAAGACGAAGGGAAUAAGAAAGUUUCUGGAGAUGUUUACCCAAACGACAAUGUUCAAUGAAUUCUUGAAGACUGCAUCUGAAGGAGUUUCAGACUUUGAUAAAAUGAUCUUAUCUAAUAAGUGACAAUACAUGAAUGUCUUAUUUAAUAUUUUUGUGACACGUUCUUCGUUAUUUAUUUUUUUAUGUGCCUUAUAUACUAUAUUAGUAUAUGAUUAAGUUCUCAUUUAUAUGUGUAAGUUUGUACAAUCUUUUUGAAAAUAAAAUUUAUUUUUCGUUUUAUUAUA